AUGGCAUCAUUAGUAAGUCGUGGUUUAGCACAAUUGAAAAGCAAGGAAAUGCGUGAUUAUUUAAUGAGCACGGUAAGAAAAAAAAAAACAUUUAAAAAAAUAGAAAAUGAAUUAAUUUGUCUUUUUUCUUUUGCUAAUUGGGGUUUACCAUUGGCAGCUAUUGCUGAUUUAAAGAAAGAUCCAGAAAUUAUUAGUCCAAAAAUGACCGUUGCAUUAUGCUUUUAUUCAAUGUUAUUUAUGCGUUUUGCUCUUCAAGUGAAACCAAAAAAUCGACUUUUGUUUGCUUGUCAUUUUGCUAAUGAAUGUGCUCAAUUAGUACAAUUAGCAAGAUUUAUUAACUACACAUAUGGUACACAACAACCAAUGAAACAAUAUGAAAUUCCAUCGACUGUCAUCACCAGCAACGAAUAA